CAUCUUCAUUCCGGUGCUUCUUUCUCACCGGGAAAACUGUAGGCCAACUUCCGAUGGCGUUUUCCUCUGCGGCGCACCUGCACCCCUUACCAUGGACCUCCUUAACGAAGCCACACUAUCCUUCGUUCAGUCUUCCUAACUGCACAGGCUCGAUAUUUUGUAACCGCACGAAUCGAAUAUUCGCUUCUCUGAGCUCUACCGAUGUCGACCAAAGCGACGCCGUAACGAAGGAUACUUCUUCCCCGCUGCGGGAACUCUGUCAAGGUUACGUGCCCGAUCACGUGCUCCAGAGGGCGGAGGAGGUUGGGUAUAGAGUGCCAACAAAUGUGCAGAAUGAAGCUCUGCCGGUGUUGUUUUCUGGCCGUGACUGUGUUAUUCAUGCUCAGACAGGUUCUGGAAAGACUCUAGCAUACCUACUUUUGAUAUUCUCGGUUGUUCAAGCACAAAGGUCGGCUGUGCAGGCUCUGAUUGUUGUGCCCACCCGAGAACUCGGCAUGCAGGUUACGAAAGUUGCACGUUUGUUGGCUGCGAAAUCUCCGGACCUUGAACAGAAGUCGUAUACAGUGAUGGCACUUUUAGAUGGUGGUACAUUGAGAAGACAUAAGAGUUGGUUAAAGGUGGAACCCCCUGCUAUAGUAAUUGCUACUUUGAGGAGCCUCUCCCAAAUGCUCGACAAGCAUAUUCUUAAGUUGGAUACCAUGCGUGUGUUGGUAAUUGACGAGGUUGAUUUUAUGUUCAAUUCUUCUGAAGAAGUGAGUUCUUUAAAGAAGCUCUUGACUAUCCACUCAUCAAUCAAUAACCGUCAAACCAUAUUUGCCAGUGCAUCAAUCCCUCAGCAUAGACGAUUUGUGUACGACUGUAUUCAGCAGAAAUGGACCAAGGCUGAUGUUGUACAUGUCCAUGUCAACCCAGUCAACCCUAUGCCGUCGUGCCUUUAUCACAGAUUUGUGAUAUGUGGUAAAAGAGAGAGGCAUUCAACCCUCCUGCAUUUAUUACAGUCAGAUGCGCCUCAAUCUGCCAUAAUUUUCGUUGGAGAGCAAUCUGAGAAGUCGAAGAAAGCUGGAAAUUCUCCACCUACGACUCUUUUAAUCGAGUUUCUGAAAACUUCACAUAAAGGAUGCUCCGAGUUGGUUCUAUUAGAAGAAGACAUGAAUUUUAACCAACGUGCUGCAUCCUUAACGGAUAUAAAACAAUCAGAAGGUUAUCUUCUUGUGGCAACAGAUAUAGCUGCUAGAGGGGUUGACCUUCCGGAAACAACCCAUAUUUACAACUUUGACCUUCCGAAAGAUGCUGUGAAUUAUCUUCACCGAGCUGGAAGAACAGGUAGGAAGCCAUUCUCAGACAGUAAGUGUUAUGUCACCAGCAUUAUUACAGCAGAAGAGCGAUUUGCAUUGCAGAGAUUCGAAAACGAAUUAUUCUUUCAUUGCCAAGAAUUGCUCUUUUAGGUAAGUGUUGUAGAAAAAACAUUAUUCGAGAAUUGGCAAGAUAUUGUACGAAACAAAUCAACAAUAGAAAAAAAAAAUGUCACUUGUUACAAAAUGAAAUCUGGGUGGUGAAUAUAUUGGAUAUUUUGUUA